AUGCCUCCCAAACGCUCAGUUCUGGAUCGUUCCGACGAAGAUACAGACAAAGAUGAUCGGAAAACCAAAAGACAAAAGGUCCUCCCGUAUCGAAGUAAAAUAGAGAGGAUGAUAGACGACUGGCUGGAUUUAUUGCAGCCUGCAACGGACGAACCCCUCAGAAAGUUCAACAAAAGGGAAGAUAAAGAAGACAGGGAUGGUGUGGUCCCAUUAAACAUGCGCAUAUUGAAGAUAGAUCUUGAGGAGAUGCAGAAGGUGAAGGAUGUCAAAACUUUGGACGCCAAGUUCAAGGAGAUGGACUCCUGCUUAGAACAGAGCCAAAUUCAAUUCGAGGACUACAUCAAUGAUGCGGCGAAGGACGGUGAGGAGGUCCAUAAACGAGCGAUCAAACACCUCAACGGGUCUAUCCGGGCUAUCCAGAAGGCAAGACAGAGGCUACCAGGCAUCAAACCACCACCGCCAGAGUACGCAACGGCUAGGAACUGGGCAGAUUCACAACAACUCCUGAACCCAAUGCUUUGCAUGCGCCCAGUCAAGUGCCGUGGCCUACCUAUUUUCUUGCUCCACGGUGUUUUCGCCCAAUAUCUUUCGCUCGGCAAGCAACCCCUCCCUGUAACCCGAGAGGCAAGGAUUGCGCUCCAAGUCGCUAGGACAUUGUGCAACACUAUGGGGGACUAUUUUGAUGAAGAGAGUACUCGAAAGACUACAUUAUUUCGGACUAUAAAACCGCUCUUUGCUCGAUGGAUGGCAGGGAACGGAAUAAUGUCACAAGAAACAACGGAAACCGAAGGGGCCAUCUUGGAGAGGGGAAUUCCUAUGGUGCUCACAGAAAUCAAGAACGGAAAGGAAAGCGGGGAUGCAUACAUGCAAGCGAGUAGGAGAUAUGAGGUGCACACCGAAGCAUUGAGAGAGCAGGAUCCAGAUUUUCUAGCCUGUGGCGCUCCAACGUUUCUUUGCUGUUUGAACGGCGAGUUCGACUCGAUUCUGAACGGAAAGCACAUUACUAACAUAACUCGCGCAGACGACGAACUUAGGAUUGCUGGUGCCUUUAAAGUUGGGGAGCAAGUCGUUGUAGAGCCGCUCUCAUGCGACUUGUUGUACCCAGACUCUUUUCCGGAUGGCAAAAUUAUCCAACUUGCGCAACACCUCUUUGCUCUUUAUUCUUGUUUCAAGACUCUAGAGAGAGUGAUUACGAUGUACGGCUGCCCACGCGUGUUCUCCGAAGUUCUCAAUACCGAGACGAAUCAGAACGAAAAGCUCGAGUUCAAAAAGCUUCUCAAAGAGCAUUGGGAAACUUCAAUUGGAACCAUCGAUUACCUGAACCUCCUCUUCGACGCGACUCUUGGUGGAACCAAAGUGUUUGCAAAGGUGGUUCUUCGCCCAUAUGGGAAGGAGGUUCACGCUCGUCUCGCGUCCCGACAAAUGGCUCCUCAGCUAUAUGGAACCUCUGAUGUACACGGCAUCGCAAGUGUAGUCGUCAUGCAACUUUUGGACGACUGGAUCACACUGUUCGAUUAUCGUGAAAAUUGGCGCCGGGAUGGCAUCGAAGAAGAGCCAAGAACUCGUCUCUUGAAGCGAGUUAU